UCCAUUGUUCAAGUAUUUAUUAGAAGCUUCGUUGCUUCCUAUUUCCAACCCAAAGACAAGAAAAAUAACACUGGUUUCUGGGUAAAGGCUAUCUGCAGAAACAAGAAGAUGUUGAGUUUAAGGCAGUCAAGUUUUCCUUUCUCCAAGCCUGAGGGCAAAUUCUCUACUGAAGAGAGUCGAUUGGCCUAUGCCAAACUAGAGAAAGAGUGGUCCCAGCUUAUGAAAUCGCUUCCAGAUGCAAAGGAUAAUGAUGAAGAAGAUGAGGAGUCUGAAGGUGAGGAAUCUGAAGUCGAGGAAUCUGAAGCUGAAGAAUUUGAAGCCGAAGAAGAAUCUGAAACUGAGGAAUCUGAAGCCGAUGAAUCUGAAGUCGAUGAAUCUGAAGUUGAGGAAUCUGAAGUCGACGAAUCUGAAGUUGAAGAAUCUGAAGCUGAGGAUAUAAAUUCUGAGGAAUCUGAAGCCGAAGAUAUAAAUUCUGAAUCUGAUGCCGAGGAUUCAGAUGAAGAGCCACCAAGGAACCUCACGGGUAUCAAUCAAAACAUGCGUAAUUUGUCUAUGCCGAGACAGGACAAAGCAAACUACGCAUGAAUGAAUAUUCAUGGUUAUGGACUCGCGAAGAAGGAGAACUUCUCAUAAUGUUAAUAUGUAGCAUAAACUACAGUCAAUGGCUGUAGCUUAAUUAGAAUAAAUUGCAAACUCAAACUCAAUACCUCUACAACCUUAUCGUCAUUCUCUUAAAUAAUUUGAGUUUAAUGUUGUCGUUUAAUAUCUAUACAAUCGACCAUUAACUUGGUUUGGAUGGUGGUUUGUUAGGUUAUGUGGUAUAAUUAUUAUUGUGUGCUUCUAUGACU